UUCCCCGGAACCAGCUUCAGUCGGUGGGCAGCGGCCUGUAAAGUCCUCAUUGAGUUUUCUCUCCUUCGUCUGGAGAACCCGGAUGAGGCAUGUGCUGUGUCCCAGGUGGAAGAUCAGAAAGAGCUGGCGUCUCCAGUAAGCCCUGAGCUAAGGCAGAAGGAGGUGGAAGGAGAAAAUGAUGAGCAGCCAUCCACAGAUCAAGCCUCUGCUGUCAAGACCAAGAACGUGUUCAUAGCUCAGAAUGUGGCUAGCCUUCAAGAGCUUGGUGGCUCAGAGAAGCUGCUCCGAGUGUGCCUGAACCUGCCAUAUUUCCUGCGCUACAUCAAUCGGUUCCAGGAUGCAGUGGUAGCCAAUUCCUUCUUCAUCAUGCCUGCAACAGUAGCUGAUGCCACUGCUGUUCGCAAUGGUUUUCACUCACUAGUGAUUGAUGUAACCAUGGCCUUGGAUACCCUUUCUCUACCUGUGUUGGAACCCCUCAAUCCUUCACGUCUGCAAGAUGUGACAGUUCUCAGCCUCAGCUGUCUGUAUGCGGGCGUGAGUGUAGCCACCUGCAUGGCCAUUCUUCAUGUGGGUAGUGCCCAGCAAGUGCGGACAGGGUCCACAAGCUCCAAAGAAGACGACUAUGAAAGUGAUGCGGCCACUAUUGUCCAGAAAUGUCUUGAGAUCUACGACAUGAUCGGACAGGCAAUCAGCAGCUCCCGCCGUGCUGGUGGUGAGCAUUUCCAGAACUUCCAGCUGUUGGGCGCCUGGUGUCUGCUGAAUAGCCUCUUCCUCAUACUGAAUCUCAGCCCCACUGCCCUGGCUGACAAGGGGAAAGAGAAGGACCCAUUGGCUGCUCUCCGAGUCAGAGACAUCCUUUCUCGUACAAAAGAGGGAGUAGGCUCUCCCAAACUGGGGCCUGGCAAAGGGCAUCAGGGAUUUGGAGUGCUCUCAGUGAUCCUGGCAAACCAUGCCAUCAAGCUGCUGACAUCUCUGUUUCAGGACCUGCAGGUGGAGGCGCUCCACAAGGGCUGGGAGACAGAUGGUCCCCCUGCAGUCCUAAGCAUUAUGGCCCAAAGCACCUCCACACAAAGGAUUCAACGGCUGAUUGACUCUGUCCCGCUGACUAACCUGCUCUUGACUUUACUUUCAACUUCAUACAGAAAGGCAUGUGUCCUGCAGCGGCAGAGGAAGGGCUCCAUGAGCAGUGAUGCCAGUGCCUCCACCGACUCCAACACAUACUAUGAGGAUGACUUCAGUAGCACAGAGGAGGACAGCAGCCAAGAUGAUGACAGCGAGCCCAUUUUGGGGCAGUGGUUUGAGGAGACCAUCUCUCCCAGUAAAGAGAAAACUGCACCUCCACCCCCUCCACCGCCCCCUCCCCUGGAAAGCUCUCCUCGGGUUAAAAGCCCCAGUAAACAGGCCUCUGGUGAGAAGGGCAACAUCUUGGCCAGUCGCAAAGAUCCUGAGUUGUUCUUAGGUCUGGCUUCCAACAUUCUGAACUUUAUCACAUCUUCCAUGCUGAACUCUCGGAACAAUUUCAUCCGGAACUAUCUGAGUGUGUCUCUUUCAGAGCACCAUAUGGCCACCCUGGCAAGCAUCAUUAAGGAGGUGGACAAAGAUGGACUCAAGGGGUCAUCAGAUGAGGACUUUGCUGCUGCUCUCUAUCACUUCAACCACUCCCUGGUAACUUCUGACCUACAGUCCCCGAACUUGCAGAAUACACUACUACAGCAGCUAGGAGUUGCUCCUUUCUCCGAGGGCCCUUGGCCCCUGUACAUUCACCCCCAAGGCCUCUCUGUGCUCUCUCGUCUCCUGCUUAUCUGGCAACAUAAAGCUGGAGCACAAGGUGACCCUGAUGUCCCAGAAUGCCUGAAAGUGUGGGACAGGUUUUUGUCUACAAUGAAGCAGAGUGCACUGCAGGGGGUGAUGCCCAGUGAGACAGAGGACCUGAAUGUCGAGCACCUGCAGCUGCUGCUCCUCAUCUUCCACAGCUUCUCUGAGAAGGGCCGCAGGACCAUCUUCACCAUGUUGGUGCAGAGCAUCCAGGAGCUGAGUGUGAACAUGGAGGUUCAGAUGCGCUCCGUGCCGUUAACCCUGGCGCGCCUCCUUUUGAUCUUUGACUACCUGCUUCAUCAGUACUCCAAAGCCCCUGUGUAUCUGUUUGAGCAGGUGCAGCACAACCUGCUGAGUCCCCCCUUUUGGGUGGGCAAGUGGAUCCCAAGACAGCAGCAGCCGCCGGGCCAACAGUCCUCUGCAUGUGAAGUUCUUUUCUCCAAGCUUGUCAAGUACGAUGAACUUUACACCUCACUGACAGCCCUGCUUGCAGCUGGCUCUCAGUUUGAUACAGUCAGGAGAAAGGAGAAUAAGAAUGUGACUGCUCUGGAGGCCUGCGCCCUGCAGUAUUACUUCUUGAUACUCUGGAGGAUCUUGGGAAUUUUGCCACCUUCAAAGACUUACAUGAACCAGCUGGCCACGAACUUACCUGAGAUGAGUGAAUGUGACAUCUUACACACUCUGCGAUGGUCAUCUCGCCUCCGGAUCAGCUCCUAUGUCAGCUGGAUAAAGGAUCACCUUAUCAAACAGGGCAUGAAGCCCGAGCAUGCUGGCUCUGUCAUAGAACUGACCUCCACCAAGUGUAGCUCAGUGAAGUACGACGUUGAGAUUGUGGAAGAGUACUUCGCCCGACAGUUGCAUGAGAUCCCUAGUCUGCAGUCCAUCUACACCCUGGAUGCGGCUAUCUCAAAGGUCCAGGUCUCUCUGGAUGAGCACUUUUCUAAGAUGGCUGCAGAGACUGACCCUCAUAAGUCAUCUGAGAUCACCAAGAACCUCCUUCCAGCUACGCUGCAACUCAUUGACACCUAUGCCUCGUUCACUAG